UACUAAUUGAAAGAACAAAGUUUAAAAUAUUUUUAUGAAACCAUAAACAUGAAAUUACUGAGUAUAUCCGAAGAAAACGUGAUUGGUUCCAUUCCAGCCAAACCCACUCAGGUGAUGAUGUACCACGAUAGCUAUACAGCUGGAGAGACCACGGGAGGUCUAAGCGUUAUCUUCACAAUGCUGUGCAUAAUUGAUUUAUUUGGAGUGUUUCCUGUGGUAGCAUUGCCGAAAAGCAUUAUAUCGUGUGGAAUUUAUGGCAUUCCUUUGGUGCUGGCUGUUAUCGCGCUACAGCUCUACACUGCAGUGCUGCUCGGCAGAAGUUGGAUUUUAGCACACGAUAUCUCGCCCAAUAUAAGAGAAAAGAGCCGAUUUCCAUACGCAGCAGUUGCAGAAUUAGCUUUUGGAAAGACUUCUCGCAGUAUUGUCACAUUCUUAAUUGAUGCUACUGUUUUCAGCGCAGGCGUCCCGAAUUUCAUAUUUGCAUCGCAAAGCAUGCAGUUAUUCUGGUGGAAAAUAACUGAUGGCGACGUUGGCAUCACAUACUGCGUAUGGAUGGUCGUCAUUGGUCUAUUACUCUGCCCAGUGAUGUGGCUUGGUUCACCCAAGGAUAUGAAGCAUCUAGCGUUGGCAUCAGUUUUCAUUGUAACUACAGUGGCUAUCUCCACAUGGACCUGUAUAAUUAAUGAUGAUAAAUCCCCUCCUCCGUCCGGGGACGUAGUAGCCUAUAUACCCACUUCUAGAGACUUCCUGGUGGCUUAUGGCAUCAUAGUUUAUCAGUUCGACAUCCACCCAAUGCUGCUAACCCUGCAAGUAGAUAUGAAAGACAGUCGUCGCAUUCACUCGGCCGUGCUGGGAGCGUUCACAGUCACAGGAACGAUGUUCACGGUCACCUCAUUCCUAGCUGCCAAGAGAUAUGGAAACAAUGUACACAGCAAUAUACUACAAGGGUUGCCCCCAUCAAUAACUCUAUACAUAGUGGCUCUUCUCGUCACAUUGCAACUUUGCCUUUCGAGCGCCGUCAGCAACUCAGCCCUGUUUCAACAUAUAGAAGAUGUGUUUAAAAUACCAAGAGAAUUCUGUAUACAACGGUGCGUAAUUCGGUCGAGUAUCAUCGCACUCGCAGUGUUUCUAGGUGAAUCCGUGCCAAGAUUCGAUCUAGUCAUGGGCUUAAUUGGCUCAACGCUUACCGGUCCUCUCAUGUUUAUAUUUCCACCAAUAUUUUUCCUUCGAUUGUGUUAUAAAAAGUCCUCCUUACCGAACAGUGCAACAUAUAGUCAAUUAAAAACUGAAAAUCUUCAUAAAGUGACGUUGGGAAAAUUAAAAAACGGCAAUGAUCCGUCAAGACUGGCGUUGUUUAUGCAUUCAUUUGACACGAAAUACAAGACAUUUACGAAUACGUUAGGCAAAAUGGGCGAAAACGAUAUGGAUGAAUAUAAUAUAAAAUGGUAUGAUAUAGUAUUGGCAGUGCUUGUCAUGUUAUUGGGUAUAUUGGCUACUGCUUUAGCGACAUAUUCAAGUUGGUCAGAUGCGAUAUCGUCGGCAUCUUUUUCACCGCCCUGCAUAGUCAACUCUACCGCCGCUGCCAGAAGUUUUAUUGAGAGAAACAUUCAAAUGACGUAAAAUAAUAUCAUUCAUUUGACGGUGUUAACACUGCCAGUUUGGCCUGCCUUUCUAGGCGUACUUAAGGUGGUCCUAAAAAGAAUGUAAGAUUCCGUAACUUAUAGAGUGUGUCUUUGCUGUAUGUAAUGUUUGAAAGUUACGAACGAUUAACGUGAUGGCAUAAUAUUUAUCGCCGUGCCGUCCGUAACGCCUAGUAUUUUUAUGUUAGAAUUAGAAAAUAAUUUGACUUUGUUAAUAAUUACAAUAUAUGUUGUCUUCAACAAUAUUUUUAUGUUUUUUAUUGUAGCUAGUGUCGUAUGUCGUGCAUAUAACAACAAUUAGUCUGUAGUCGUGUUUGACAGGUAGACAAUGAAUCUCAUAUUUAACCUAUAUGCCUAAAUACGAGUUAAGUAAUGCACUAAAUCGUCUCUAUGUAAUUAAUAUAUUUUGUACAGCUGUGUAAAUAAAAUACAU